GGGCAUGAACCCGUGUCCCCUGCAUCAGCAGGCGGACUCUCAACCACUGUGCCACCAGGGAAGCCCCUUGUGAAAACAUUUUUAAUUGCCUAAUACUUUACCCUCAAUAUUCCAUCAUUUAGCGCCAUGUUCUCUACUGUUGAACAUUUAGGUUGUGUGUAAUUAGUCACUUUCAUUCAGUACUCCAUGACGGUCUUGCUAUUCAUAUUGUAAGCACACUGGAAAGAACAAUCCAGGACCAACCUGUCUUUUUCUCAACAGCCUUUGGUUGCCAAACACGGACACACUUCAGAAGACUGUGUGCCAGGUUUGUCUGGCACCCUUUCCCCAAACAUUCCAAAGAUGUGACGCACGGGUUUCCAAGAAAAGUUAACUCAGGAUCCAGUGUGGCUCAUGAGAUCCUGGACAUUAUGUCUGAUGCUAUGAUUGGCUCUAUUUUCUUUGGGUCUAGUUGUCCUGUUUGUGAAUGUUUUUCUUUCUGUUGGUGGGGUUCCUGGUGGCUGGCAGUCCUUGGUUGACCAUCAAAGGACAAGGUGUACACUUUAUUGAACUGAUCAAGUCAGUGUACAGUUUCUACCCCCAAAGGAGAGAGGCUGAGGGAGGGGACUAAUCAGCCCUGGGCUUCUGACCACCAGCUUCAGCCUCGGGUCCUCCUUGCAAAACCACAGCUGGGGAACAACACAGAGACCACGUGGUGUGGUUCUAAUUCCUCUGACAUCUCAUUUUCAUUCUUCAAUGAUAUUUAUCUGCAUCCAGCUUACACAUAAAUGUUUCCAGUAAAAUGUUCCAAGUGCCUUUUUUCAGAAAUCUGAAUCCACAUGAAAACAAUGGCAACAAGAAAAAGGUGUAAACUUUCCAGAACAGGCCCAGAUUUUGAAAAUGUGAUAAAGAGGUUAUUGUGCGUCCGAACUUUUCACACAAGAAUUGGAGGAGAUUUAACACCAGGAAUAAUAAACCGAGGAAAACCAGCUAAUGCAGAGCAGAUGGGCCUGCAGGGCAGUGCUAAGCAUUUCAAUGUCUUUCCUUUGGACCUUUGGACUCCAGAUGACUGAGUGCUGGUUUCUCUAGCUCCAAAUAAAGUUAAUGCAAUUGGGGAAACCAUCAGUAUGGCUGGUUUGAUUUCUGGAGUGAUUAGUGGAUUAAAGUUUUUCAAGACUGUACUAUGUGGUGGGCAUUUGACAUUCACUACUUGAAUCCUGACCACAGCUCCAUUUUACUGAUGAGAAAACUGAGGUUUUAAAAGCACAAAUCACUUGCUGAAGGGCCCAUAGCCAGUAUGAGAGCCAGGAUCAGUCCUAGGUCUGUCUCAUUGCAUACGCUGUGGUUCUGCAAACUGGGUAAUAAGAGAGCAGGGAAAAGGGGUCAUGGUCACACAAAUUUGAGAAACUCUGUGUGUGUAUGUGUGUGGGUGUAUAUCUACACAGUAAAAGCCUUAUUAAGGUAUAAUUGAUCUGCAAUAAGCUAUACGUGUUUAAACCAUACAACUCAAUAAGUUUUGAUCCGUGUCUAUCUGCAUGAAACCCUCACCACAAUCAAGAUAGUGAACAUCUCCAUUACUUCCAGUAGUUUCCUCGUGCCCCUUUGUAAUUCCUCCCUCUUCUCCCUCCCACCGUUGAUUCCAGACAAUCGCUGAUCUCCUUUCUGUCACUGUGGAUUAGUUGUACUUUCUAGAGUUUUAUAUAAAUUGAAUCAUACCAGAUGUAGUCUUUGCCUGUCUUCUGUCACUUGGCAUAAUUUUUUGAGAUUCACUCAUGUUAUUACAUGUUUGUUCCU